UGCUUUUCAGCCGCGCGGAAAAGCGGAGGGGGGCGGGGGGCAGGCUGCGUGGCUCCGGGGCAGCUCGGCACUGACGCUGGAAGUCCGUGGGUGCGCACCCCGCUGCAGCCCCCAGCCAGCCCGACGGGAACCGCACCCGUACCUACCGGCGUCACAGGGUCAAGGGGACCGGAGGCCGCUGAGUGAUCCUACCACUCCAGCCCCUAGUGAGGCCUGCGGGGCGACACUGACACUGGGUUCUCUAGGAGCAGCCCCAGGCUUAAUGAUUGUCCAGAAGGUGGCUAUAAAGAGAGCCUGGGAGUCUAGGUGGAGGAGGGAGCAGAAAAAGCCCAGCUCAGCAGAUCUGGGCCCGGAGGGAGCUGCAGGCAGGAGCCGUGGUCAGAGGCUCCCUGUCCUGGCCAGCAGGGCUCGCUGGCUUCCACCAUGGCAGCCCAGGGCUAUGGCUACUAUCGCACUGUGAUCUUCUCGGCCAUGUUCGGAGGCUACAGCCUGUACUACUUCAACCGCAAGACCUUCUCCUUCGUCAUGCCCUCGCUGGUGGAGGAGGUCCCUCUGGACAAGGAUGACCUGGGGCUCAUCACCAGCAGCCAGUCGGCAGCCUACGCCAUCAGCAAGUUUGUGAGUGGAGUGCUGUCUGACCAGAUGAGCGCUCGCUGGCUCUUCUCGUCUGGGCUGCUCCUGGUCGGCCUGGUCAACGUGGCCUUUUCAUGGAGCUCCACAGUGUCUGCCUUCGCUGCCCUCUGGUUCCUCAAUGGCCUGGCGCAGGGCCUGGGCUGGCCCCCGUGUGGGAAGGUCCUCAGGAAGUGGUUUGAGCCAUCUCAGUUUGGCACUUGGUGGGCCAUCUUGUCAACCAGCAUGAACCUGGCUGGAGGGCUGGGCCCCAUCCUGGCAACCAUUCUGGCCCAGAGCUACAGCUGGCGCAGCACGCUGGCCCUGUCGGGGGCGCUGUGUGUGGCUGUCUCCUUCCUCUGUCUCCUGCUCAUCCACAAUGAACCUGCUGAUGUUGGACUCCGCAACCUGGACCCCACCCCCUCCAAGGGCAAAAAGGGCUCCAUGAAGGAGGAGAGCACCUUACAGGAGCUGCUGCUGUCCCCCUACCUGUGGGUGCUCUCCACUGGCUACCUGGUGGUGUUUGGAGUCAAGACUUGCUGCACUGACUGGGGCCAGUUCUUCCUUAUCCAGGAGAAAGGACAGUCAGCCCUUGUGGGUAGCUCCUACAUGAGUGCCCUGGAGGUCGGGGGCCUUGUUGGCAGCAUUGCCGCUGGCUACCUGUCGGACCGGGCCAUGGCGAAGGCAGGGCCGUCCACCCAUGGGAACCCACGCCAUGGCCUGCUGCUGUUGAUGAUGGCGGGCAUGACAGUGUCCAUGUACCUCUUCCGGGUAACCGUGACCAGUGACUCCCCCAAGGAUGUCGCUUUCUGGACUCUGGCUCUUCACCCUCUCGCUGCGCUCACAGGCUUUAAGGAGCACGAGCUCUGGAUCCUGGUGUUGGGAGCCCUGUUUGGUUUCUCCUCUUAUGGUCCCAUUGCCUUGUUUGGAGUCAUUGCCAAUGAGAGUGCUCCUCCCAACUUGUGUGGCACCUCCCAUGCCAUUGUGGGACUCAUGGCCAAUGUGGGUGGCUUUCUGGCCGGGUUGCCCUUCAGCACCAUUGCCAAGCACUACAGCUGGAGCACAGCCUUCUGGGUGGCGGAAGUGAUCUGCACAGCCAGCACAGCUGCCUUCUUCGUCCUGCGAAACAUCCGCACCAAGAUGGGCCGAGUGCCCAAGAAGGCCGAGUGAGAGGGCAGGUUCCAGAGCACCCUCUCGCAACUGGCUCUGCGCCCCACCGGCUGGAGGGGAGGGGCCUGCUCUGGCCGGCACUGCACCUCUGACUUCCUUCUGCUCCUUUCCCCUGGCCCAGGUGGCACUGGAAAUGAUCAAUGGCUAAUGAGAUUCCAGCUCCCUGUCCUCUGCUCUAAUUUAAAAGAUAACCUUUGUUCUAGGACUCCAUUAGCUUCUAUUUUCUGCCUUCAAACAGGAAACGCCUAUAGCCAGGGAGUCUCCUACACUCUUCUCUCCUGGGCCCUGCCUUGCCCCCAUCCUGUCCCGUCCGUCCCCACCAGGGGUGAGGCUCUCCUGCACCUGCAGGCCACCAUGACCCUGCCUUCUACCCUAAGGCCUCUCAGCAGGGGUAACUGCUACUGCCAGCUCCUCAGGGUCCAGGGGAAGAGAGACCCUCACUCUCACCAUUAUCCUGGGAACCACCCCUCCGCCCCCGCCCUCUGUAUGGGUGGGAGGGUAGGAAGACUUGUUAUAGGUUCAGCCAAUGACCCAGGUCCAAAAGAUUAAAGCUAGAUUUGAUACUAAA